AUGGACGUUUGCAAAGAAGAAACGGCUGAGUUUCAGCGAUUGAAAAAGAUCGCUUUCGCCUCGGUUUGUUCGAUUUUAAUAACUUUUUGAACUGUCAAAUAACCACUUGGACUUUUAAGCGGCAAUAGAAAUGAAGUGUAGAAAUAUACUUAAGGACAAGAGUUAAUGUAUUCGCGAGCUAUACAAAAUGAUGCACCAAGGAGUUGGAUUGACAUCCAAUGAUUUCCUGACAACUUUUGAACGUUUUGGGCACUUUUGGGAAGUUUGAGGGUCCUGAAAAAUAUGCAAAAUCAUAACACUACACAAAUUGGAUGUUAAAACAUAAUAUUACUCACAUCGGAUAUUAAUAGACUUUGUUCAAAUGUCUUCCUUUCUCCUUCUUAAUUGAAUAUUUAUAGGUGGUCCUCUCUACGUGCAUUGUCUUCUGCUCCGUGGUAACGCUUCCACUUUUAUACAACUACGCUCAGUCUCUCCAAACGCACGUCACCGACGAAAUCGACUUUUGCAGGGUACUCAUUUUCCUUUCUUCAGAUCGUUUAUGCCAGACCAUUCAGACCAAAUCGCGAGACUUAUGGGUCGAAGUGAUCUCAGUUGAGGCGGCACUGGGAAACCAACGACGAACGAUUAGAUCAGAUGCAAGAGCGAAACGAGAGUGGUCUUUUGGACAGUGGUCUGAAAAGUCCCAAAAAGGUAACGGCUGUUAGAAAACCGAUUUCAGACAGAUUUUCUAUCGAUGCUGCAAGAGAAAAAAAUUAAAGUUUUUACCUGAUAUUUUUGAUUAACUGCUUUUCUUAGUCAUCGUGAUUUUAAGAUUCAAACCAAGGCUAUGGAACUUAUCCACCCGCCCCAAGUGUAGCACCACCGGCUAUCCCACCAUACGGAGACUCCUAUAAAACGGCUGCGGUCGAAGAAUAUCAACCUUCUUGUAUGUUCAAAGCGAUUUGCUCUAUUCGUAGUAAAAAAUGAAAAAAAAAUCAGGUUGCACUUGCCAACAAGGAGCGGUAGGCGCAGCUGGUCCUCCGGGAGACGACGGUGUCGAUGGAGCCGACGGAAGGCCAGGACAAGAUGGCCUUCCUGGAAAAGACGGCGUGCUUCUCCCACCAGUGGGAAUAGCUCCAGAACCUUGUAUGAUAUGUCCUACUGGCCCUCCUGGACCUCCUGGCUUUCCCGGACUCAAAGGACCUGUCGGCCCUCGCGGAAGCCCAGGUCUACGUGGUCAAGACGGAAAGAAAGGCGAACCAGGAAUGCCUGGUCCGCAAGGACCGACUGGAAGGCCUGGAAGACCUGGGAUCAAGGGGCCGAAAGGAGAAGAUGGAAAAAUCAUUAUGGUGACGCGAACUCAGUAAAAAACCAACAAAAAUGGAGUUUAGGUACCUGGUCCAGCUGGACCGGCUGGACCUCCAGGACCAACUGGAGCUCCAGGAAAACGAGGGGAAAGAGGACAAGACGGACUUCCUGGCCCACAAGGUCCUAUUGGACUUGCUGGAGGUGAAACUUUGAUCAAAAAACUUUGCGUGCCCGGUUUAAAAAAAAACGAAAUCCCUUCUUUUCGAGAGGUUUAACUACGCCAUAAGCUUCUCCAACGGGUGUUAUUCACCUGAUAUAAUUUUUAAAGAUUGCCAACUUUAAAAAAACAUUGGAAAAAUUUAAAAAAACUAUCAGACCCUCUUUUUUUCAUAACAGAUUAUUUUUAUUCAAUCUUAAACUUUACGAAAAUUGAAAUUAUUUCUUGUUAUCUUUAAGCACAGAAAAAAACUUUUUUUGAUGAGGAAUAAAUUGCUUUCUCUAGUUUUCUCACAAAAAGAAAGAAUCCUCAUGAGCUCACCCCAGAUUAUCAUAAUCCUGAUUUCGGUUCAGAUCCCGGUCUUCCUGGACCAGACGGCAAAGAAGGACCCAAAGGAGAACGUGGGUCUCCUGGUGCUUCUGGAGCACGUGGCUCUUGCGAACAUUGCCCUCUUCCUCGACUUCCUCCUGGAUAUUAA